GCAGCAGCAGCGGCAGCAGCAGCAGCAGCUAAGGCAGCAGCAACAAUCAGCAACAUCAGCGCCCUGUGUGCACCGACAAUAAUAUGAGGAGUGGCAGUUCGGAAUUACUACUCGAGCAGCAACAACAAGAGCUACGGUUACGUAAAAUCCGAGAACUGGCUCCGAAAAAGAAAAAUGGCAAUCGGCGCUUUCGUUCGUGGCGGGAACGUGCGCGUUUCUAUGGCACCUCGACACUGGCCUUCUUCUCGGUGACCGCCGGUGCGUCGCUGCUCUUCCUCGUACCGCUCUACGUCGAUCCGGCCAUAUCGACAUUGAGCCACGACUUUAUCGAGAAGCCAACACUGUGCACAACGACGCGUCGCGAGGAUCUCGUUGGCAUAUUCAAUUGCUCGUGGAGUUCGUGUCGCGAGGGCUGCACCUCCGAUUUGUAUCGCUGCGUUCAUAUCUAUGUGACAUUCGUUGAGCAGAACAUUACGAUACCCGAGAAUAUGACCGACUAUAGUAACUUUACGUCGGACAUGGAGCAGUCCGGCGAGGCGACGCUCCUGGUGAACAUCAAGGGAUGCGGUUAUCCGCCCUCGGUCACGUGCAAGAACUUCAACGGUUACUACGGCAUCGAGGGCGCCAUCUUUCCGUGCUUCUACUCGCGCAAGAACAAGACGGUGGUGCUGACGUCCUACAACCACGACGACCAGGUGGCCAUGAUCAUCCACUUCUUCGCGGUGCCCUUUGUGAUAACGGUCAUCUCGUCCAUCGCCCUCUGCAUCAUGCACUGCGACUGCCGCUGCAAGAAGGAUCGCAGCCACCGCCGCAAUCGGCCGCAGUGCCGAAGGCCGCGCAUCGAGAAUCUCAGUGAUACUUCGAUAUCAACGCGAGUGGACAUGCUCACGCCUGCUAUUGAAGUUUACAAGCCGCCCCUCUGACACAAGGACGACACUGUGGAGAGCAACUUAGGGAAUCCCUCGACGAGCAGCGACUUCUAGCAGAACCUGAUACAAAGCUCUGCGGAACUAGCUAAGGAUAAUCUAUUUGUUCUUCCAACAUAGUGUCGACCCCAAACGAAAUUCGAACGCAGAUGGGAGAUGGCCAAAGUCACCAAUGACCAACUCUAUCAGAGGUUUUGGUGCAACUAGUAGAGCAGAAAAGAACAGGACAGAACCGAAGAGAAAAGAAAUGAAUCAGAGCACACAGACAGACACACACACACAUAAAUUAAUAAUUGAUCCAACUGAAUAAUUCCUAAGAUUGAUUAAAUUUAGUUACUUUUUAGCGUAAAUGAUUUUUAAACCAGCCGAAGGGAAACGGAGGAAAAAAAGGCAAAGAGAAGUGUUAAUCGGUUAAUGAAAUAAAUCGAAGUCUAGUUGUAAGCUAUGUGGCAUGUGGCAUAUGUGUUUGUAUCUCUAGCCGCAUAUACAAUAUACAUGUGUAUAUGUGUGUCUGUACGAAUUAUAAUAUGCAAAUUUGGCAAUGUGUAAAUUUAGUUAAAACCGAAUCAUUACGGAUGUAAAACAACAAAUGGCAAAUGGCAGAAUGAGACAAAACAACACCUAAAACCGACAAAUGCAAUGGAUAAUUUUUGUACUGCUGAAAAGGGAAACCAAAAUGGAAAACCGAACAUUAACGUUAAGUGUACAAUUUUGCAUUAGGUAAUGAAUAAGUUUGUAAUGCAUUAGUAAUUAAAUACAAUACAAAAUGUUCAGCUAAUCACGAGGAAAGCAAACAGCAACCCAAAACUACAAAUGCAACCAAAAUAAUGUUACGUAAAUGUAAAUGCAAUUGGAAAUUCAAAUGGAAAUUCGGCCAGCGGCAGAAAACAUUUUACGCUUCGGUUAAUCGCUCCCCAAUUCCUCUCCCCACACAGAAAUGUAGACACGCCACGCCUCAUUUUAUAUAGGAUCCGCCCACAUUUUGUAACACCCACAGGCCAUCAAUCGCUUUUUGGUUUUGCUGUAGAGGAAAUCGGUAUGAAGAUGAAGUUCGUCCUAGACGACAUUUCGUAUGCCCUUCACAAAGUGCCCCAAGUUGAAAGGAUUUGGUCAAAUUUCAAUCAAGAAAUUUCUCGUACUCGUACUUGCGUUACAGUUAAUGUUGUUUUUUGAAAAGAACAAAAGAAAGUGGAAUACAAAACCCAAAUAUUUGUGGUGUAGUAAAAUGUAAAGGUUAAAAUGUUUAAAAGAUAAUUCAAUAAUGAACGUUUUUUGACUGUGAUCAUUUGAAUGAUAUAUAGAGGAAUAUGAUAUUAUUGAGUAUUGUUGUUGACAACAAAAAAUUACGAAAAGCAAUUAACUUCUCGGUCUUGAUUCCAUCAUCAAUCAAUCAACCAAUCAAUCAAUCAAUCAACCAGCACGCCAGAGCACAUUUCGCCUAGAAGUUUCUAUAGUUCUGUAGUUAGAUCACUCCCCCCAUAAUAAUAAUCCCACCCACUAAGUCGUAAUUCGUAAUUCUCUUUGGUUUCGAGGCUGAUCAUUAUCAAACCAACACACUCAUAGUCAUACACACACACACACACACAUAUUCGUGCUUGACAAUAUUUGAUUUCUGAAAGGAGUUUCUCAAUCAUUGCAUCACUACGGCACUUUUUCACAGGACAUGCUGCGCCCAAUUUGUAACUAAAACCGCUUAUUCUGUUCCACAUUGAGAUACAGAGGCUUUGGACGAGGAGGAAAGAUUAGGGGAUAUUGAAUGUUAACAUUUAUUUGUAUAAGCUGCAGAACAUUGUUGGAUUUAGAGGAACCUGCAUAGUUUUUUGAUAUUCAUGUAGAUACAUGUAAAUGCCACUCACUAAACUUAAGGACACCACGAUGGCAUCAAGGAUAAUUGCAUUAUAUUUGUAAUAUCAAACUGUUCAUAGUUAAGACAAAGCAAGCCACAAGAAAAACAAAAAGAAACCAAAAUAAGAAACAAUUAACAGAGAACACAAAUAACAAGAAAAUGUAUAUAAGCUGACUAGAAAAUUGGUAAUAGAAACUUUUGAAAAAACAAACGAACUCAAAGUAACAAACAAAUGAAGCUACAACAAAGUGCAUAUAAUUUUGAUAGUUAAGCUAAUUUUAAUACAUUUUUUAAGACACAGCAAGAGGGCAAAGGUACUACGAUAAGUAAACCAAACCAAACCAAAAAAUAGGAAAAUUACAAACCAACUGAGGAGAAGCCGUGAAAAUUAUUCCAUUUUUACACUCGUUAAUUGGUUUUGUUGUUACCGUAAAUAAUGCAAUAAACAUUCGCAUAUUUCUUAACUAUUAUUGUUAUUAUUAUCAUUGUUGUUAUUACCAUAUAUAAAUGAAGAUGAAAAUUUGAAUUUGACAA